UGCCCCCGGGCGGCGUGUGCGGGGCGGGGGGUGCGGGAGGGAGGGAGGGGGGGGGACACGAACGGAGGCUCCCGCGGCGGCUCCCGAUGGCUCGUCCGCGGCCCCGAGAAUACAAGGCUGGAGACCUGGUGUUCGCCAAAAUGAAGGGGUACCCGCACUGGCCGGCCCGGAUUGAUGAACUCCCUGAAGGAGCUGUGAAGCCUCCAGCAAAUAAAUACCCCAUCUUCUUUUUCGGGACUCAUGAAACUGCGUUCCUGGGGCCCAAAGACCUCUUCCCAUAUAAAGAAUAUAAAGAUAAGUUUGGGAAGUCGAACAAACGAAAAGGAUUUAAUGAAGGCCUGUGGGAAAUAGAAAACAACCCUGGAGUAAAGUUUACUGGAUAUCAGGCAAUUCAGCAACAGAGCUCAUCAGAAACUGAGGGAGAAGGAGGAAAUACAGCAGAUGCCAGUAGUGAGGAGGAAGGUGAUCGGGUAGAAGAGGAUGGAAAAGGCAAAAGAAAGAAUGAAAAAGCAGGCUCAAAACGAAAAAAAUCCUACACUUCAAAGAAAUCCUCCAAGCAGUCACGGAAAUCUCCUGGAGAUGAAGAUGAUAAGGACUGCAAAGAGGAAGAAAAUAAGAGCAGCUCUGAUGCUGGGGACGCAGGCAAUGACACAAGAAACACUUCUUCAGAUUUGCAGAAAACCAGUGAAGGGACUUAACCAACAUAAUGACUGCUGAAUAUUAAGGGAAAACACAAGAAGGUUACAUGUUUGGUUGUCUAAUAUUCUUGGAUUUGAUAUGAGUCACCACAUCUGUUCAUUAGUAUCAUCAGCAGCAUCCCAGUUUGUAUGCACAUUAUUCACAUUCCUAUCUGUUGUGUUUGCAGAAAUGACAUUUUACCCUUUUUUCUAAGGGUUACUUUACAAUUUUCAUAUUAUUUGGUUGCAUGAAGUUGCCCUUUACCAGUGGCUGAGGUUUAUGAAGAUAUCGCAUACUUGAACAUGUUUAGAUUCCUUUUCUAAACAGAAAAGGUGUAACUCCAAAUUAUAUCAUUCUAAAUCAGCAUUUUUAAAAAACAAGUAGAAACGAGUCCCUUUCAUACAAUACUACAAUCUCUUCCACCUACAAACAUAAUUUUAAAUUUCCCUGUAUCCAUACUUUCUUGAUUUUUGAUCAGUUUACAACAUAAAAGAGAAAAAUCUUUUUCAGUUGAGAUCACCACAAAGUUCAAUAAUGUAAUAAAAUACCUUUCCUUAUUAGAAGUACCUAGCUAGUUAUACUCUUAAUACUUCUCAAAAUCAUGAUGUAAUGUACACUAUCUGACUUAGUUCCUAUAUGUGAAGUUAGUGAAAGUCUUUUUGUGUUUCUUUAGAUUAAUACAAGGAUUUUUUCCAAUGCCAACACAAUUUGAAAUCAUUCAUUUGGAUGCUUUCCAUUUUUAAGCUUACUGUGAUAUAGAACCCUAUGGGAAACCAAAAGAAAACAUCAAUUUUAAUUAAUGAAAGGCUUAAAAAAGGAUGCUGUCAUUCUGGCUUUUUUUUUCCUUUUGGAAAUAGAACUAGACUAGUAAGUAAGCAUUCCAAAUCCAUUAUUCUGUGUACAUUAUUGUUGCUAUUGUGAUAAUAGAGAUUUUUAUUUAUUUUUAUGCCAGCUUUUAUUGUGGAAACAUAUUUAGUCUGGUUUUAUCAAUCCUUGUUAUGCUUGUCCUUGGAACAUCUUUUGCGUAUUCAAGGUUUGUAGUUGACGAGUUUACUGUAAAAAACUUAAAAAAAAAAAAAAAACACAACAAAAAAACACAAAACAAAACAAAAAGAAAACAAAAAAAUGUAUUGUUUUUACAGAAUAAAUUUAUUGGAAUGUGUAUUGGGAGUAAGGUUUGAGGUUGUAAGCAACUAAGUUAGCGUCAUAUUUGGCUUCAUACGUGUAAUAAUGUGAGGUAUUAAUGUAAGUCAAGUAUUAAAGCAAAACAUUCUGUUAACAUGAGUUGACCAUAAUAGAUACAAGUGCAGGUGAGAUCUUUAUUUUUUCUGUACUUUGCCUUUUCUGGAUAACAGGAGGUUAUUAAAUUCACCUUGAAUGUA